AUGUCGGUGGAGAGGUCCUUCGAGGCCUGGGAGGAGGUGCAGCGCCACGGCCAGGACUUGGCCGAUCGGCUCGCGCAGGGCUUCACCGGCCUGAUUCAGACCCACAUCAAUACGCCGUCGUUUCCCUGGCCGAGUUCGCAGAACCCGAAGCUGUUCGACCUCGAGUUCCCGACCCAGAGCUUCGGGAAGCGGCGGGACUUCGUCGGCGUGGCGGCGGCGCGGAGCAGCGGGAACGGGAUCAAUGGGGUUUCGGCGAUUUUGGAUAUAGGGAAUAGGAUUGGGCAGGCCGGGGCGGAGUUCGGGGCGGGGUUGGAUGGGAUGGUGCAGCAGUUCUUUAGGAGCUUGCCGGUGCCGUUUCGGCAUGAGGAGAGCGGCGUUGUGGCGGUGAGGGUUGAUAAGGAGAAGGUGAAGAAUAUGAGGGUGAGUGGGAAGGAGGAGCUGGGGGUUUCGGUGAGGGAUAAUAGGGGUGUGGAGAGUGAUAGUGGGGCUGAUGGCUUUGUGGAUGAGGAGCUUGCUGGCUUGAAUUUAAGGUCUGCUGGGCUUUUGGGUAGACCACAGGGCAUCUUAAAUACUUCAACAACUUACGAUAGUAGAACACAUGAGCUAGAAAGCUCUUUGGUUGCAAGGGGAGAUUUGUGGAGAGUAGAGGCUUCUCAAGGCAGUUCAACGUCUAGAAAUGGCAAUUCAUCGCUCUUUCUUGUUCAGCUUGGACCGGUACUUUUUGUUCGUGAUGCAACUCUUCUUUUGCCGGUGCAUUUGUCAAAGCAACACUUGCUUUGGUAUGGCUAUGACAGGAAGAAUGGGCUGCAUUCUCUCUGUCCGGCAGUGUGGUCAAAACACAGAAGGUGGCUCUUAAUGUCAAUGCUCUGUCUGAACCCCUUAGCCUGUUCAUUUGUUGAUUUACAGUUUCCAAAUGGGCAAUUUACAUAUGUAUCUGGUGAAGGGCUUACUACAAGUGCUUUCUUACCUCUUUGUGGAGGUCUUCUACAAGCUCAAGGUCAAUAUCCUGGAGAAAUGAGAUUCAGUUACUCUCGCAAGAAUAAAUGGGGAACACGUAUCACACCAAUGGUACAAUGGCCAGACAAGUCUUUUACACUUGGUCUUUCUCAAGCCUUGGCUUGGCAAACAUCUGGUCUCAUGGUGCGGCCUACACUUCAGUGCAGUUUGUUUCCUACGUUGGGUGGAAGCAAUCCUGGUUUGCGGGCAGAACUCAUUCACUCGGUGAAGGAGCAGCUGAGUCUGAUAUGUGGAUGCUCAUUUACAGCACAUCCUUCUGCUUUUGCUUCAGUAGCUGUUGGCAGAUCCAAGUGGAAUGGAAACGUCGGAGGCCCUGGUAUAGUCUUAAGAGCGGAUACUCCACUUACCAAUGUUGGUCGACCUUACUUCUCUGUUCAGAUAAACAGUGGUAUUGAGUUUUGAUUGUUUGUUUAAACCUCCAUGGUUUGCAAAUGCAAGUGUAUAUAAUCUCAAGCUCUGUAAGACAAUCCCACAUGUGAAUAUGUCAAUCAUCUUCUGCUAAUCAUACCAAUGUUCCCUGUUUUCCCGUAUUGGGAUGUAUUGGGAUUUGGGAGCUAAAUUCCUUUUCGUAACCUGCAUAGAAUUGUUUAUCUGUUCUUUUUUUCCUUUUCUUUUUGGUUCAAAUCUUCUAUGUAUGUUUGUAAAUUUUGUGAAAAUAAAAAAAAAUUGGCCUGUG